AUGGAGGUGAAUAAAUGGGCAGCAAAUGAGACCAAGGGGAAGAUAGAAGAGUUCCUUCCACCUAAUUCUGUAGGUGGAGAUACUAGGCUAAUUUUGGCAAAUGCCUUAUAUUUGAAGGGCGCAUGGCAGAAAAAUUUUGAUCUCUCUGCAACAAAAGAAGGUACUUUUAAUUUGUUGAAAGGGGAAAGUGUGCAAGUACCCAUGAUGACUACUACAAAGAGUCGAUCUAUACAAGUUGUUGAUGACUGCAAAAUCCUACGCCUUCCCUAUUUUCAGGGACAGGACAACCGAUCCUUCUCCAUGUAUAUUAUAUUGCCCAAUGAUAUCAAUGGUCUGCCUGAACUGGAGAGAAAGCUUGAUCUUAAUUUUCUUGAGCACCAUCUUUCCCCAAGAAGUGAGGUGAAGGUACGUUCGUUUCAACUACCUCGCUUCAAGGUAUCUUCCAAUGUCAAUGCAACUGAGAUCUUGAAAAAUAUGGGACUUGUCCUCCCGUUCAGUGAUGAUGCAAAUUUCAACGACAUGGUUGAUUGUGUGAGUGGGCGUCUCUGCAUUUCAGAUGUUUUCCACAAUUCAUUUGUGGAGGUUAAUGAGGAGGGCACUGAAGCAGCAGCUGUCACUGCACUCGUGAUGGAAUGGCGAUGCGCAAUCAUAUACCUAAUUGAGGAGGACUUCAUAGCUGACCAUCCAUUCAUGUUUGUGAUCAAGGAAGAUAAAAGUGGAGUUAUCCUCUUUGUUGGACAUGUACUCAAUCCAUUGGAAAGCUAAUCUUAAUAGAAAUUGGCCAACAGAUAAAUGCUUAAAAUCAGGUUACAGAAGAUAUAGCUAAGAACAAUAAUCGAUAAUUAUAGAAUA